CAUUAAAAUUAGAACGGAGAGUCGACUGCUGGAGCGCUUUAUUUUUUAGAUUUUUUUUUUUUUUUUUAAAGCCUAAUUCACCUUAAAGAAUCUCAAAACCAGCCACAAGGGAAAGAUUUGUGAGUUUUUGUAAUGGAAAGCGGUAGCCUCUAGGGCCCAGAGGAUAUGCAGGGAGGCAUUUUCUCCUGCUGGUGCAGCUGGGAGCGAGCGAGAGAGAGCGAGACCUGGAAAUGAAAGUAAAGAGAUCAGGAGGCACAUGGAGGGAGCUGCAGGGGCAGCCGAUCCAGAAGCAGAAUGCUGCCUUCUAUAAUUAAAUAGCACUUACUAUUAUUAUUACUUCUAGUAAUAAUACAUUAAUAAUAUCUGUAGUAAUACAAUACCAUUUAUCAAGGAAAGUUUAUACAUAGUGUGGGGGGGAAAACCCGAGGAGAGCAACUAUAAUGGAGAGGCAGAAGAGAAAACAAGAGAUAGAGAAAGGACUUCAGUUCAUUCAGUCCACAUUACCCCUAAGCCAAGAAGAUUAUGAGGCCUUUUUGCAGAAGCUGGUGAGAAACUUGUUUGCAGAGGGCAAUGAUUUGUUCCGAGAGAAGGAUUUCAAGCUUUCCCUGGUACAGUACGUAGAAGGGCUGAACGUGGCGGAUUACGCAGCCUCCGACGAGGUGACCAUCCCAAAGGAACUCCUCUGCAAGCUCCACGUCAACCGAGCUGCCUGCUACUUUGCCAUGGGGUUGUAUGAGAAGGCACUGGAAGACAGCGAGAAGGCUUUAAGUCUCGACAAGGAGAACAUCCGAGCGCUAUUCCGGAAAGCCCGUUCCUUAAAUGAACUUGGAAGACACAAAGAAGCAUAUGAGUGCAACAGCCGAUGCUUGCUGUCCCUCCCACAUGAUGAAAGUGUCACACAGCUUGGACAGGAGCUUGCCCAGAAGCUGGGACUGAGGGUUCGAAAAGCAUAUAAAAGGCCUCAGCAGGAAUUGGAAACAUUCUCACUACUCAGUAAUGGCACGUCAAUCAAUUCAUCAAACCAGACUACUUCCAAUGGAUUGGGCUCAAUAGAUGACAUUGAAGCAGACUGCUCUAUGGACCUGCAGUGCCUCCCAGCUCCUGUGGCCACCUCCAUCCCUGUGAAUGAGGGGAUGGCCCCUUUGCCCUCUGACUCAGAUGCAAAGGGCUUGCCCACCUCACUUCCUGCUGCCAGCUUGCUCCCGUCUCCAGACUGUGUACCCUUGCCAGUGCCUGAGAACACGGAGGACUUCACAGAUGGGGACAUCAUUGGGGAAGAGCUAGACUCCCUCCUGGAUUCCCUUGCUGAAGGGUCACCAUACCCUCUAUCUCUGGUCCAGGGCACCAUUCCUACCAACCUGCCAACAGAGAUGCCCCAGUUGAUUCCUGUGUUUCCGGGAGGAACUCCACUGCUGCCUCCAGUUGUGACAGCCAGCAUUCCUGUCUCCACCCCUCUGCCACCUGCCUCCUUUGGCCUGGUAAUGGAUCCCACCAAGCAGCUCUCCUCCUCCUCUGUUCUGGAUGCCUUCGAGGCCCCACAAGGAGGAAGUGGCGGCUCCACUUUAGAUUCGCUGGAUUCCCUGGAUCUGCUUCCAUACACAGAUACACGGCUUGAUGCCCUGGACUCCUUUGGGACAAGCAGGGGGUCACUGGAUACCUUGGACUCCUUUACCAUUGAAGAAACUAGCUCUCAGGAACUGCGACACGCACCUGGCAGCCAAAAGCCAGCCCCAGCGGUCAGCCUUGGUGGAGUGAGUCACCCAGCUGCACCCAAGGCCACCGAGCACCUGCUGUCCCAGCCAGAACCAGUAAUGCCCAACACGGCUCUGCUGGUGAAGAACCCCUUGGCGUCUACUCAUGUUUUCAAACAAGCCUGUCAUAUCUGCUACCCCAAAACAGGGCCCAAGGCUGGCGAUUACACCUAUCGGGAAGGCUUGGAGCACAAGUGCAAGCGGGACAUCCUGCUGGGCAGGCUAAAGAACUCAGAAGACAAGACCUGGAAGAGGAUCCGUCCUCGCCCAACCAAAACCAACUUUGUAGGAUCCUAUUAUCUGUGCAAAGAUAUGCUUAACAAGCAGGACUGUAAGUACGGGGAUAACUGCACCUUCGCGUACCACCAGGAAGAGAUCGACGUGUGGACGGAGGAGAGGAAGGGGACCCUCAACCGUGACCUCCUCUUUGACCCACUAGGUGGGAUCAAGCAGAGCAGCCUCACAAUUGCCAAGCUCCUCAAGGAACAUCAGGGCAUCUUCACCUUCCUCUGUGAGAUUUGCUUUGACAGCAAACCCCGGAUUAUCAGCAAAGGGACCAAGGACACACCAUCUGUCUGCUCCAACCUUUCUGCAAAACACAGUUUCCAUGACAACAAGUGUCUGGUCCACAUUGUGCGUUCCACCUCCCUGAAAUAUUCCAAGAUCCGUCAGUUCCAGGAGCACUUCCAGUUUGACGUGUGUCGACAUGAGGUGCGUUACGGCUGCCUGCGUGAGGACAGCUGCCACUUUGCUCACAGUUUCAUUGAGCUCAAGGUCUGGCUGCUGCAGCAAUAUUCAGGAAUGACCCACGAAGAUAUCGUGCAGGAGUCUAAGAAGUACUGGCAACAGAUGGAGGCACAUGCCAGCAAACCAGCCAACAGCGUGGCUUCUCCCCGGACUCCCACGUCAAGCACCUUUGACCUCCAGAUGAAAUUUGUGUGUGGCCAGUGCUGGAGGAACGGGCAGCUGGUGGAGCCAGAUAAAGACCUCAAGUACUGUAGUGCCAAAGCCCCCCACUGUUGGACAAAGGAACGCCGUGUCCUGCUGGUGAUGUCCAAAGCUAAGAAGAAGUGGGUGUCAGUCCGACCACUGCCUUCCAUCCGUAAUUUCCCACAGCAAUAUGAUUUGUGUAUCCAUGCACAGAAUGGCAGGAAAUGCCAGUAUGUAGGCAACUGCUCUUUUGCCCACAGCCCUGAGGAGAGAGACAUGUGGACCUUCAUGAAGGAAAAUAAAAUACUAGAUAUGCAGCAGACCUAUGACAUGUGGCUAAAGAAACACAAUCCUGGGAAGCCUGGAGAGGGAACACCACUCACCUCGCGAGAAGGGGAGAAACAGAUCCAGAUGCCCACUGACUAUGCGGACAUCAUGAUGGGCUACCACUGCUGGCUCUGUGGGAAAAACAGCAACAGCAAGAAGCAAUGGCAGCAGCACAUCCAGUCAGAGAAGCACAAGGAGAAGGUCUUCACCUCAGACAGUGACUCCAGCUGCUGGAGCUACCGUUUCCCCAUGGGCGAAUUCCGGCUCUGCGAGAGGUUCCAGAAGAACAAGACCUGUCCUGAGGGAGAGGAGUGUCGCUAUGCCCAUGGGCAGGAUGAGCUGACAGAGUGGCUAGACCGGAGGGAAGUGCUGAAACAGAAAUUGGCCAAAGCUCGCAAGGACAUGCUGCUCUGCCCCAGGGAUGACGACUUCGGGAAAUACAACUUCCUAUUGCGGGAUGACGUAUAGUAUGAGCUGGGAGGAGUCUGUCAGCAGCAGAAACACGGGGUGGGUUUUCCGAGUGUCAGUAGCAGGGAGAGCGAGAUCUCUGUCUCGCAAAGAGAACUUUUUCUUUCCUUUUGUUUUAAGAUUAUGAGAUGAUGAUUUAUUAGUGAAUGAAUUUGUGAAUUUGAUUCUCGUUGGCCAGCGACGCCAUGCUCACUGAGUUUGUGAUCCAACUUUUCUCUCUUCUUUCCCCCAAAUUCUCCUUCCACUUCAUCUUUUUGUUUUUACUGUCCUUCGUUCAAAGGAAUUAAUUCAGUCUAUACUGGGCUGCAAAUCGGAGAAUUUCUCCUUGUGUCAUUCUUCUGUCUUUCAAUUCAGAGUAUGACUGCAGAGGUGUGGAGGACAAAGCUGAGAGAGAGGGACAAAAAGUGGAUGCCCCAUCCCUAGAACUGUUCAAGGACAGGUUAGAUAGAGCUCUGAACAAUGUGGCCUAGUGGAACAUUUAGAAGGUGUCCUUCUAAAUGACAGGAGGAUUGAAACUAGAUGAUCUUAAGGUCCCUUCCAGCCCAGGCCAUUCUAUGAUUUUAUGAAAUCUGGUGAAUAGGUGACCAUGAAUUUCAUAUGUUCCUUUCCUCAGUACUGCAGACUAAGCCCCACUUACUCUGCUGCAGCCUUCCUGUUCUUCUGGGAGUUUGGUACCAGAAGAAAUGGGAAUUGUGGUGCAAAGAAGGAAAACCACUAGAUUUAGCUUGAAACAUCUAGGCUUAUGCUCCAGCUGUCUAUAUUGCCCUGAGACAUCAGCUGUUGGUGAGGAGGAUAACAGCUGCGUGGUAUAAGGAGUGCAAAGUAAACACAGCAAAGUAAUGAAACUGCUUGCAGCAACGGGAACUGGGUUGUAGGUGACUUCAAACUCCAGCUGUGUUCAGAAAACAAGUUGGUGACUUCUCAUUAGAUGUCUUUUUCAGUGUGUGGCUGGUAUUCAGGGCAGAUAGUUUGGGUUUGGUUUUUUGGCUGGUGUGAUUGGUGCAAGUAAAACAGAACCCAUCUAGUAUGUGUAGUGGAGUUUGUGACACAGUGCAUGUCACUGAAGUCCACACAACAGUAUCAGUCAGGAGGGAGGUGGUCACGAAAAGGAGCCUGUGUUUCUGUGUUGCUUUGUGUCCUGAAGAGAGGGAGGGAGGUAAUGGUGUUCUUUCUUGCUCUUUAAAUGGCAUGUGUUUCUUUUUACUUAGAGCUGCAUUUUUCCCUGCACUGCCAGAAGAACUGGGUGGGGACCCAUUUAAAAGGACACCAUUGCGCAGCAUGGGCAAUGUUUAGCUAAUGAGAAUCCAGCUGGAAGCACUUACCAGUACCAGAGGUCCAGCCCCCUCCUCGUCAGAGCCAGGGCAGUGAGCACAGUGCAACCAGGAUGUGACCCAGAGCAGGGACAGUGGUGGAGAGCAGUGGCCUGUGUCUGUGCUGCCUGAUGUGUGCUUUGAUGAGGCAACCAGUAAUGCUGAACUCUGGGACAGGAGUUUUGCUUUUAUAAGUGGCAGCAGUGAGAAGCAGUACUGCUCUGAAUGCCAGCUUUGUCCUUUCUGGCAGUCUCAUCCUGUAAGCAGUAAACGUGUCCCCUGACCUGAGCUUCCCUCUCCAUCUCUCCUGCAGUCCAGCUGUGCUCUGCAGUUUUGCAUGCAUGGAUGGCACCAUCCACUCAAACACAAACACAUCUCCCUCCCAGCCUUUGUCAGGGAUGUCUUUUUCAUACAGAGUCUCCCAGGACAGCAGUCUCAGAGCCCUUGGGGCUGGUAGGGCUGUAUCCAUGGUAAAUACAAUAUGGCCAUGAACUCUUGGUGCUUUGGCAUUGCUGCAUCCUCCCAUUCCUCUCUGCUCCCAUAUCCUUGGGGCUCAGAGCUUCAGGAGAGAUGGGAUGUGAAAAUCAGGAGAUGUGGAGAUGUGGAGAUGGUGUGGGACAGCUGUCACCUUUCUAAACCAGCCUUCAGGAAGGUGCUUCAGUUCCACUGGGAUAGUUAGGGUCCAGUUAUGGAGCAGAGGGCACUGGAUUCUGGUCUGGAAUCUUUCCAGAGACAUGGUGUGCUCUAAGUAAACUGAAAGCGCCUCUGCACUUAGAAUCAUUAAGUUUAAAAAGACCUCAAAGAUCAUCAAGCCCAACUGUUAACCUGGCACUGCCAAGUCCCAGACUAAACCAUGUCCCAAAGUGCCACAUCUACAUGUAUUUUUAAAUACCUCUGGGGAUGUUGACUCAGCCUCUUUCCUGGGCAACUUAACCACUUUUCUGCUGAGCUUUUUUCCUCUCCUUUGAAAUAUGGACAGUAGUCUCUGGUUUGCUGUGAGCAAUAUCAGACAUGGCAGUUUCUGAGUGGUCAGGUGCUGUAUUUUCUCCUUUGUUCUUUGUGGUAGCUAUGGUACCUUCUGAUCAUCCUUGUGCUCAAGCAGUCAACUUCAGAGGUGGGAGGAGACAGGCAUCAGCUCCUGGGUAAUCUUGUUCUGCUCUUCUUGGGCAGAGACGCCAAGGAAGGAAAUCUGGAUUGGGGAACACUGGAAUGUGUUUUUUAUUUUUAAAACAAACCUGCAUCUCUAGUGUGACUCUAGCGUUCGCUGAGCCAUGAUUUCUCAUGCAAUGAAUGACUUGUGUAGGUUAUAGAGUGGGUUACUGUCCCCUGUCCCCCUCUCUGCAAUGAGAGCUGAGCUUCUCAGUGGGGCUUCAGAGGUUCAGGCUGGGGCUGAGGUGGGGAGAGGGUGAGAGUGAGAUGAGGUGAGGUAGGCCCAUGGUCAUGGGGGUUGCAUCAAGUGUCUCUUUGUUUUACCUGAUAUGAUAACCUGGUCUGUGGUGUUGCAGUACUUCGUCACCAGACUUGUUUUAGUGUGUAUAUAUGUGACCCCUCCCAUGAAGCAUAUAUACACAGGUAUUAAAUAUAUCGCUCUAUAUAAUAUUAUAUGUGUGUGGUAUCGAAGGAAUCUUUUAAAUGAUGGUAAAGGAAAAGGACUCAGGCCAGAAAAUGCAGCAUCUCCAGUUUAAAUAUGAAGCCUUUUAUUUGGGAUAGGGAAAGGGAAAUAAUAAAAGAGGGGAGGGUUUUGUAUAGAUAGGUAUAAACUCUGAGAUGGGACAGGUUUCUCUGUUCAUAUUUUUGAAACCCUUUAGGAUGCCCUUGCAGUUCCACCUCAGUGAGAGAGUAUUAUACUGCUAACUAGUGAGUAAAGUUUUAAUAUAAGGCUUUGCUUAUAUUAUUUAAAGGGACACUGUGAAAGGCAGGAAGUUUCACACUGACUUCCCUGGCUUGCUUUAUCAAACCAAGAGGGUUUUCUUCAGCAUAUUAUGUGCUCUCAGCAGAAAUGCUCAGUGCUCGCAGUUCUACAUCAGAUAAAUCACAAGUUGUAGGGGCUGCUUCAGUGGUGGGUUCACAAGACCCUGUGAUAACUCUCUCUUCUUUAUUUGUGUAAGAGAAGAAGAAGGAAAUUCUGCAGCACAGAACCAAAUUUGAGGGUUAUUAACAAAGAAAGUGAUGUUUUAAUUUUAUAACAUUAGAAGAAAAUCUCAUAUCCUGUAAAAUAACUACAGACAUUCAUACAGAACAGAAAUUUAUUAAAUGCUGAAGGGCUUAGUGAAAAUCUUUUCCCAAAUUCUUUGGUAGGGGCAGGAAUUUAGGUGACACCGACAUUGGAGUUAACCUGGCCUUUACAGGGAGAAGUAAAAAAUAAUGAUAAUAAAAAAACAAACAAAAAAACCCAAAAAUUACCCUACUUAGCUUGUAGGAAAACUGUAUGUCAAAAAUGGAUGGGUUUUAGCAAGUGAAAGGAAAAGAUUGCAAGGGGAUGCUGCAGUUCUGAGCUGGGUAGUAAUGAUUUUGAGUCCUUUAAUAUGUCUUUGUAUUAAUAUAAUUUAAGAAUACCACGCUUUACUAUUAAAAAAGAACUUAGUAUCUUUCAUAAGGUCUAGUAUCAGGAUAAUUAUGUAGAUGUUUUAACAACAUUUUUGUUUUUGUUCUUAAAUAAAGAAAGAAAAACCAAACUUGCUUAUUUUAGCCUUUGUAAUAGAAAAUAAAAGUGUGCACUUUAAACCCUCU